AUGCUCAUCUUGAUUUCAAUCAUGUUAGUUAUGGAAAUCCAGCUGAAUUAAACAAAGUCUUGCAUGAGAGAAGGUAAUUAGAAAAUUGGCAACAAGAAAGAGAGUUUACCACCCAUAGAGCGAUAGCAUUUCGAUAGGGAAAAGGAAUUCAGAGUUAGGCUUAAUAGUAUCAAGAAAAACUAUUAAAUGGAAAGACUUAAGGGAGAUGUUCAGAAUGAGAGAUAUAAAUAAAGCUCAAAAUACAUAGAACCAAUAGAUGAUGACGGCUAUCGAUUUAAAAGAGAACAAAGAGUGCCAAUGAUGCAGGAUGUGAUUUAGCAUAGACCUAAAAUAUAGACAAGAGUGAUAGAGCCUCCUCCCGUAAUAAUUGACCCUAAAGCUGCCCAAUAUCAUGAUCCUUUGCCCGCAUACUAUUAUAACACACCUUAUUUCAAAGAAUAUUUCACACCUGCUCAUUAGCCAAUGGUAAAACUGAGUCCGUUAUACAAGAGUCCUCAUCCAAUUGUUUAAGUUUAAAGGGAAAUCCAAAUGAAAAAUGAUAUUAUUAGUGGACUGAAUACUGAAAUAAAGAGAAUAAAGAACUAUGAUAGUUUGUAUAAUUAUACUUAUGGCAACUUGAUGUGA